AUGGCAUCGCAGCGUCUCAGAGCUCCAAUGCUACAAUUCCCCCCAGCGAUCCGCAGCUCCGUCUGCCAACAGACCACCUCGAAGCGAGCCUUCUCCUCCACCAACCCGCGCAAAGCAGACUUGAGCACAGCCAUUGCCAGUGCACCUGCAGCGCUUUUCGACACUCUGCACGCGUUCAUGCCAUGGUACAUUGCCAUACCAACAGCAGCUGCGCUUGUUCGCGGCGUUCUGGUAUAUUACGUUGCAUCACUCCCCAUCCGUAAAAGCGCUAUAACACGAAGGCACCUGUACCCGCUAUGGAGCUUGCAGGCCAAGCACGAAUGGAUCAUGUACCAAGACAAAGCAAAAAGGGACGCUCGGGCAAGCGGAAUGACAAGGCCUCAUCAAGCGGAUGCGGCAUUGGCGCUCGUCAGAAGAGGAUGCUUCAAUAUGAAAGCAGCGCACCAAGUCGGGUCGAGAUAUGGAGCACCCAUGUUCACUUGGACGUCGGCCGUCAACUUGGCCGCCAUGGUCGCUUUCACAGAAGCGCUGCGAAUCAAGUGUGGCUCGAAAGAGGGACUGCUGCCUAUGAUACUGCAUCCGAUCGAAUGGGUCAAGGAUGCGAUAGCGAACCCGGUUCCAACAGAAAACACAGAGCCAGGCAUGGAAAGCGUGGAAAGCAUGACACCCGAUGAAAGGCUCGCGGAACGAUUACACGCGGCACGAGAGGCACAGGAAGCUGGAGGACUCCCGCCGGGUAUGACAGACACGGAAUUGCUUGAGCAUGCCCAUCAUCUAUCUCCCUUGAAAACACCCGAAUAUGCAGCAUACCUCGACCCGACACUUCAAGUCGAAGGUCUGUCGUGGUGUCCUGACCUCACAUCAAUCGAUCCGACAUUCACGCUGCCAGUUGCACUCUCGCUCACAAUUGCUGCCACCGCCUUCCUGCGGACUUCUGCACGAGAUCUGGAAGACCUGCAGGAUGAAGCGCACAAGAAAUCCGCCGAAGUGAUCGCUUCGAAGCCCGCUUCACAUCCUCCACAGCCGAGUAGUCCACCCCAGAAGCAGAAUGCCAACUCUCUCCAAGCAGCACUACAAGAAGCAGACAGGGUCAACGCCACCGCUCCUGCCACAAUGGCUGGACCUUUGGCGCAUCUCACGUUUCGCCAGCGCAUCACGCUGACCGUCAGCAUGGUCUUCUUCCUCUUUGCCUUGAAGUUGCCCGCUGCCCUUCUGCUGUAUCUCGUGCCGUCAUUUGCUGUUGGAUUCCUGCAGGGCAAAUAUAUGGACCUCAAAUACCCACUACCUGAGGUCAUCCGACCAAGCAAAAGGCCGAUGAGGGCAAAGGUGAAGAAGACCCUUGGAGAUGUGUGA